AGCAAGUUUUAAUAAUAAUCAGACAGAGCACAAGACACUUCAGUUACAGAAUCACUGCUCAAGGGAGGGUGGCAGGGUCGAAAAAAUGCAGAGCAUCAAGUGUGUGGUGGUAGGUGAUGGAGCUGUAGGAAAGACCUGUCUACUAAUUUCCUACACCAGUAAAGCAUUUCCCAAAGAGUACAUCCCUACUGUGUUUGAUAAUUACAGUUCAGAGAUAACAGUAAAGUCCAAGACCAUAAGCCUGAAUCUAUGGGACACAGCAGGUCAAGAGGCAUAUGACCGCCUGCGCACUAUAUCCUAUCCCCAGACCAACGUUUUCAUCAUGUGCUUCUCUGUCUCCAACCCAACCUCUUAUGCAAAUAUUAAGCUUAAGUGGUAUCCUGAGAUAUCAAAACACUGUCCCAAUGUGCCCAUACUCUUAGUGGGAACCAAAAAAGACCAAAGACAGGAUCCAGACAUUUUAAAAAAACUGAAAGAACAGAACUUGACUGCGGUGACUGAGCAGCAGGGAAGGGCUGCAGCUCGAGAUAUCAGGGCUUUUAAGUACCUGGAGUGUUCAGCUCUACACCAGGAUGGAGUAAAGGAAAUAUUCGAAGAAGCUGUACAUGCUUACCUGAACCCUACACCUCCACCUUCUAGAAGAUUCUGUGUAGUUUUGUAAGGACAUUGGUUUCAAACAUCACAUAUGGAGAAAAAUGACUAUUUUAUUAGCUCACUCGACAUGGAUUUGUAACAUGGAAUAAUAAUGAUACAGCUAAUGUUUUUAAUAAUGACAGUAGUUUGGGUAUUUCUGCUCAUGUCAAAGUAAAUCAGUACAUAGAACAUUGCAUUAUAUUAUUAUAUUGUGCAUUACAGUAACUUUAUAAUGUUUCUUGUCUAUUUAAACCACUAGUGCCACUAUAGAGCAGGGUAGGAUAAAAUGGAUUUUCAAAAAUUUCAUUUCACAUGUUCCUUUUAAAAUUCAUAGAUAUG